AUGAAUGGCGCCGACAUCAAGAAGGCGGCCAUCAACAAGGCGAAGCAGGUCGCGUCGGCCGCGAACGGGAGCGGCGGCAAGAAGCGGCGGAAGGGCCAGGACCUGAAGCCUAUUAUUACUACCGAGCAGCAGCAGCAGCAGCAGCAGGACGCGAGCGGCGCGGCGUUCCAGUACAACGUGCAAAAGGCCGCGUCGCCCGCCAGCCAGCACAAGGCCUACGCCGGCACCAUGAGCCACUCGCCCGACGACUCGGGCUCGUCCGCCGACGAGGCCGACAACACGGCCGACGAGGAGGACUCGGAGGACUACUGCAAGGGCGGCUACCACCCCGUCCAGGUCGGCGAGGAGUACAAGGACGGCAAGUACACGAUUGUGCGCAAGCUGGGCUGGGGCCACUUCUCCACCGUCUGGCUGUCGCGCGACAACACGGCCGGCAAGCACGUCGCCCUCAAGGUCGUGCGCUCCGCCGCCCACUACACCGAGACGGCCCUCGACGAGAUCAAGCUGCUGAAGAAGGUCGUCGACGCCAAGAUGGACCACCCCGGCCGCAAGCACGUCGUCAGCCUGCUCGACUCGUUCAACCACAAGGGCCCCAACGGCGUCCACGUGUGCAUGGUCUUCGAGGUGCUGGGCGAGAACCUGCUGGGCCUGAUCAAGCGCUGGAACCACCGCGGCAUCCCCAUGCCGCUGGUCAAGCAGAUCACCAAGCAGGUCCUGCUGGGCCUCGACUACCUGCACCGCGAGUGCGGCAUCAUCCACACCGACCUGAAGCCCGAGAACGUCCUCAUCGAGAUUGGCGACGUCGAGCAGAUUGUCAAGACGUGCGUCAACGACGCCCCCAAGAAAAAGGACGCCGCCGACAGCGCCGACCGGAACGGCAGGCGGCGACGGCGCACCCUCAUCACAGGCAGCCAGCCGUUGCCCAGUCCGCUGAACGCGAGCUUCAACCACGCCGAGCUCGCAAACUUCCCCGGCACCCAGAGCCUGAACAAGGUCGUCAACGAGGGCACAGGCAAUUUUGUAACGCGUAACACUCUAGGCACUUCGUCGUUGGGAGCAAAUCUCUCCAUGGCAGAACGACUCGGCAUCAAGCACGCCAACGAAGAAGACGUGCAGAAACAGCGCGAGAAGACAGCCGACCUCCUCACCAAAGAAGUCUCCGGCAUCAGCCUCGACAAGUCCAGCGGCUCGUCCAAGACAGAAGGCGAGCAGCAGGCCGAACUAGGCUUCGAAACCAUUUCCGUCAAAAUCGCCGAUCUCGGAAACGCGUGCUGGGUCGGGCACCACUUCACCAACGACAUCCAGACGAGGCAGUACCGGUCGCCAGAAGUCAUCCUCGGCAGCAAAUGGGGCGCCAGUACCGACGUCUGGAGCAUGGCCGCAAUGACCUUUGAGCUAAUAACAGGCGACUACCUCUUCGACCCCCAAUCCGGCACAAAAUACGGCAAAGACGACGACCACAUCGCCCAGAUCAUCGAGCUCCUCGGCAUCUUCCCCAAAUCCCUCUGCCUCUCGGGAAAAUGGAGCCAGGAGAUUUUCAAUCGCAAGGGCGAACUGCGCAAUAUUCACCGGUUACGCCAUUGGGCGCUUGCGGAUGUUCUGCAUGAGAAAUACCACUUUGCGGCUGAUGAGGCGAAGCAGGUCGCUGACUUUUUGGGCCCCAUGUUGCAGCUUUUGCCGGUCGAUCGCGCGAAUGCGGGGGGGAUGGCGGGGCAUGCGUUUUUGAGGGAUACGAAGGGGAUGGAGGGUGUGGAUUUGGGGAUUGAGGUCGGGAGUAAGGGGGAGGCGAUUGAGGGGUGGGCGACGGAGAUUAAGAAGACGAGGUAG